AUGAUCACAGCCGCGGAGUAUGGAGAAACAUCGUGGGAGCUGUCGGUGCACGUGGAUCAGAAGCAUUUAGAAGAGUCCAUGAAAUUCAAGCUGAGGGUAAAGGGGGACUUGCACAUCGGAGGCCUCAUGCUUAAGAUGGUGGAGAAGAUCAAGGCUCCUCAGGACUGGUCAGAUCAUGCCCUGUGGUGGGAACAGAGGAAAUGCUGGCUGCUCAAGACCCACUGGACGUUGGACAAGUAUGGAAUCCAGGCUGACGCUGAACUGCGCUACACACCCCAGCACAAACCCCUGCUGCUGCAGCUCCCCAACAUGAAAACCGUCAAAAUGACCGUCAGCUUCUCCAGCGUGGUCUUCAAGACAGUGGCGGAGAUCUGUCAAGUACUCAACAUCAGAAGAUCAGAGGAGCUGUCCCUGCUGAAGCCUCCGGACGAUCCCUCCAAGAAGAAGAAGAGGAGCAAGAACUCGCCGCAGGACGACAUCUGGGACAUCGAUUUACUCAGCGGGGGACCAGGAGGCACAGGCCCGAUGUACAGCAAGACCAUGACGGCCACCUAUGACCCAGAGAACGGGAUGCCCGUGUCCGCCACGAGCCUGUGGUUCGGAGAGAACCCCCUGGCUGACUGCCUACCAAACCUGCCGCCUGCCGAGUUAGCCAAGAUGUACCAGCCGCUCUCACUCAUCGACAAAGCAAUCAACAAUGCAGGGUGGUUGGACUCGUCUCAUUCCCUCAUGGAGCAGGACAUCCAGCAAGAAGACAAGCUGCUGCUGCGCUUCAAGUACAAUGUCUUCUUUGACAUCAAUCCUAAAUACGACGCUGUCAGAAUAACCCAACUGUACGAACAAGCGCGCUGGUCCAUCCUGCUGGAGGAGAUAGACUGCACGGAGGAGGAGAUGCUGAUGUUUGCUUCGUUACAGUAUCACAUUUGUAAACUGACUGUGUCGAACGAGCCACUGGACCACUCCAACGAGCCCGAAAUAGAUGAAGUAGAGGCCGCCCUGUCCAACUUGGAGGUGACACUCGAAGGCGGACUCACGGACAGAAUUCUGGAAGACAUUACAGACAUUCCAGAGCUGGCAGAUUCCCUCCGUCUGUUUAGGCCGAAGAGACUAACACUGCGGCCGUACAAAGAGUACUGGUUUGUUUUCAAGGACACCACCAUCUCCUACUACAAGAACAAGGAGACGUCCAACGGAGAACCCAUAGAGCAAUUUCACCUCCGAGGUUGUGAGGUAGUCCCCGAUGUCAACGUGACAGACAAGAAGUUCGGCAUCAAGCUCCUGCUUCCUGUCGCUGACGGGAUGAACGAGGUGUACAUCCGGUGUGACAAUGAGACACAAUACGCUAAGUGGAAAGCUGCGUGCAUCCUGGCCUCCAAAGGCAAAACGAUGGCCUACAGCUCUUACAAGUCAGAAGUGAGGAGCAUCCAGUCCUUCCUGCAAAUGAAGAGCCUGGCGCCCCCUCCUGGUCAGGCAGCUCCCGACCUCGACGCCAUGGAUAUGAACGCCGAGUGUUUUGUUUCCCCACGCUACGCCAAGAAGCACAAGACCAAACAGCUAACAGCACGUAUCCUGGAGGCCCAUCAGAACAUAGCACGGCUCUCCCUAGUGGAGGCCAAGAUGCGCUUUAUCCAGGCCUGGCAGUCGCUCCCAGAGUUUGGUAUGAACUACUUUAUUGUCAGAUUCAAGGGCGGUAAGAAGGAUGAGAUUCUGGGAAUUUCGUACAACCGUCUGAUUCGCUUGGACAUGUCGACCGGCCUGCCUGUCACAACGUGGAGGUUUGCCAACAUGAAGCAGUGGAACGUGAACUGGGAGAUAAGACAGGUGACCAUAGAGUUUGACCAGAACGUGUCGAUAGCCUUCUGCUGCUUGAGCUGCGACUGCAAGGUGGUCCACGAGUUCAUCGGAGGUUACAUCUUCCUCUCCACGAGAUCGAAAGACCAGAACCAGACGCUAGACGAAGACCUGUUCCAUAAACUCACCGGAGGCCAAGAAUGAACGAAGAUAUACACCUGUGCUUCUUAAAAAGGACAUCUGUUGUUUAUCUACAUACAUGUUACAACGUGAACCAACCGUAGCAGUGAUAAACCUGAACACAAACCACAGCCGUAGCAUCAUUUUUGUCAUCUAUAUUCCUGCUGUAAACAGUUACAGCAUUGUACACUGCACUAAAAAAAACUAAUGUCGUCGAUGUAGUCUAGAUUUUCCUUUCUCUUGAAAACUUGGAACAAUCACCUAUUUGUAAGAAUUAAGCUUUUUUUUUAGGUGAAAAGAUUUUUCCAACAGAACAAAUGUUUGUAAAAAAUCAAUAAAGUUUUUUUUGUUUUAUAUUUGA